GACUUUGAAAUCCGACUUUGUGUUGGAUGUGACUUGACGGAGACGUUCUUCACAAUCAUUCAUCAAUCGAUUGAACUGCGUGACACCUCAAGAAACGACUUUGCGGGGUCCGUAUAACCUACUGGAUCUGGUAAACGCCAUGACAUAAGUAGGAAAAAAUCUUGCAAGAAUCAAAUGGCUCUUAUGUUGCCAUAUCGAUCGAAGCAAGUCUAAAGGAGAGUUUGCCGAUGCAACGCAUUCUCUCUUGCUUUCCUCGUCUAAAGUAGUUAGGUUUUUCUUUUUCUUUUGUUAAAAAUCAAGUGAACCUCAACACUAAAGGCACCUCAACCUACACAUUCGUUUUAAGGCUUCAAAAGAACAAAUUUUUUUGUGAUAUGAGUAAGUGAUCGUGGGAUGCCUUGAGAUAAUAUGAUACUAAUUACCAACUAGCUAGAUUUGUGUUUGUUCGACUGAUCGUUCACUUUUUUUCUUGGAUCUGAUUCAUCAUGCCUGGAUUAUUCAAACAGAAAAAAAACAAUUAUAUAACAACCCCCAUCGUUGAUCCGCAACAGAAGUAACAGAAAUCAAACGGCGGAGCAAAAACAGGGAUUUUCCCCCUUUCUCAAUUUCUUUUUGGGUUCGCUCAGCAAUCAAGCAUUGACUUGACAAGUGGUCUUCGGAUUCCUCUGCAGAAGUAGACGAAGAGGGUGUGUGAGAGUGGAAGAUGGGAACCAUCCCUCACCUGCUCCCAUCGCAACUUCCGCGCAAGCUUCCUGUUUCUGCCCUCUGAAAUUCGUUUUCCCAGCGACGUCGAUGACAGUCGAAGGAGAAGAUAUGGAGAAUCAGCGGCCACCGCGGGUGAAGGGCGUAGUCAUCAUCUCGCUUCCUCCUCCUGAAAACCCUUCCGCGGGCAAAACCAUCACAGCUUUUACGGUAACCGACGACGAUUACAAUGGCGAUGAAUACCAACAAUUUCAGCAAACCAUUCUCCAGGGAGAUAACCCACAUCAAGAACAAGGUCGAAUUCCGAUCCAACACCCGCCACCGUCGUUGGGGAGUUCUCCAAUCCGCUUCCCGUUUGCAAGUCUCUUUCUGGGUAUCUCGCUCUUCGGCUUGGUCAUCUACGCCUCGCUUUUUACCGAUACCCUUCAGGAGUUGAAGCGCUCCAAGGACGAUCAAGAGCAGCGGAAGUCGUUCUUGUUGCCCUUGUAUCACAAGGGUGCAUCUGCCCCAGUUUUGGAGGAAGGUGUUGUAAAUAAAAUUGAGAGAUUUGUGUAUAAGGAGAGUUCAGUGGCAUCAAUUGGUGCUAUGGUUGAACCGAUGCAAGUCAAUAAGUUGUCUUCUUCAAGUGCUGCUGAAGUGGGGAUGCGAUCAUCAUCGCCACUGUUUCCCGUCAGAGGGAACAUUUUCCCAGAUGGCUUUUACUACACGUACAUUACAAUUGGAAGCCCUCCAAGGCCUUACUACGUUGAUAUUGACACAGGAAGUGAUUUAUCAUGGAUUCAGUGUGAUGCUCCUUGUACUAGUUGUGCAAAGGGAGCAAAUGAUUUGUACAAGCCCCAAAAAAGCAAUAUCGUGCCUCCAGAAGAUUCAUUUUGCCAGGAAGUUCAGAAGAAUAUGAAGGCUGAAAAGUGCGAUGCAUGCAAACAAUGUGACUAUGAGGUCGAAUAUGCAGAUAAUAGCUCCUCCUUGGGAGUUCUUGCGAAUGACGAACUUCAUCUAAGUAUAGAAAAUGAGGAAUCCUCCAAGUCCAAGUUUACUUUCGGCUGCGCAUAUGAUCAGCAAGGCUCCCUUUUGAACACUCUGGCAAGGACAGAUGGAAUUCUAGGAUUGAGCAGAGCCAAAGUUAGCUUACCUUCUCAGCUGGCAAGCCAAGAGAUUAUCACUAAUGUGGUAGGACAUUGCCUUACCACUGAUGUAGAUGGCGUUGGGUAUAUGUUCUUAGGUGAUGAGUUCCUACCUCAAGGCGGUGUGCAAUGGGUUCCUAUGCUCGGCGUGCCUUUCACGGACUUCUACCAGGCACAGAUCAUGAAGUUGAGUUAUGGAAGCAGAUCCCUGAGUUUAGGUGGCCAAGACAACAGACAUAGACGAGUAGUGUUUGAUAGUGGUAGUUCUUUUACUUAUCUGCCAAAAGAUGCAUAUUCUGAACUAGUUGCUUCUCUCAAGGAAGUCGCCAAGGUAGGGCUAAUCCAAGAUACUUCAGACCAGACGCUGCCUCUCUGCUGGCGGGCAGAAUUCCCAAUUAGAUCUGUUGCAGAUGUAAAGCAGCACUUCAAGACUUUGACCCUUCAGUUCGGAAGCAAGUGGUGGAUUAUCUCUAGGAUGUUUCGAAUCCAUCACGAGGGCUACUUGAUUAUUAGUAAAGGAGGCAAUGUAUGCUUGGGUAUACUCGAUGGAAGCGAAGUGCUCGAUGGUUCGACGAUCAUACUGGGAGAUAUAUCGAUGAGGGGGCAGCUGGUGGUGUAUGAUAAUGAGAAGAACAGAAUUGGGUGGAUGCAUUCAGACUGCGCCAAGCCUAAGAGGCCGUCGGACAAUGUGUCCCUCUUUGAAGGGUAAACUAAUAAGUAAUAUAACAUAGUAUCCGCUCAGUGCACCAGCCCUGUCCAAAUACGAGUCUGUAAAUUCAGUGUGCAUAGUGGAAUAUAGCUCAAGAAGGAUUGUUUAAUCGUGUAUGUAUAACUAGUCAUCCCAGGAUUGUUUUUGUCCUGCAAGUCACGAUGAGCAUGGCUCAUGGGAAUGGAAUUUUGUGUAAUUAAACUUGGCUAUAAUUCGAAACCUCAGUCCAUUUCGAGGUGUGUAAAUUUGAUAAGGUAUAUGCAAACUAAGGGCAGUUUUGCCACAUCAACUAGUUUUUCUAUUUUAAAUAAACUUUGCACUCAAAAUUUGGUUAAUUCGAGGUUUACAUAGCGUUUUUUUUACUUAGGGUUUGUUGUACUUCAGAUUUAUCCCAGGAUUGAUAGAAGUUAUCAUGUAUAUUUUGGAUCAAACCGCUAUGCUCCUAGAGUGUACGUUAUUUUGGAUACUAAUAUUGAGAUAUUACCAUUUAGACGACCAUGAAUUAAACGGAGUUUUAGGUAAGAUACUAUAAUCUAACCUUUAAUGGAUAAAUCCAAGGUCUCGGUUCUCUAAAGUCAAUCACGAAAAUCAAUUUAAUAUAAAAAAUAAUGAUUGAGGAUUUUGAUUUGCCGAAGUUCUAGCGAAGUACAUCCCAUAGCCAUAUCACUUGGAAUAUGGUAUACUUUAGAAGUACACUAGUCGUUAUCAAUGGCGUACCACAGGAGUAUAUCGAACUCCAAAUGAUCUGGUUGUUAUAUGUAAUUCGUUGUACUACAGCGAAUCGGAAGCAUCGAUUUUUUUUUAAUGAUUAAAUUGAUUUUUAGGUUUGAUUUUAGAGAAUCGGCACAUGAAGUUUUUAUCCAUCACAAAUUAUGGUAUAAUAUCGUUCCUCAAACUCCGUUUAAAGUCAUGGUAUAGAUAGAGAUAUAUCACUAGGAGGAUCGUAUACUCCAGUAGCAUAUUAGUAGGCUCCGAUAGAAAUCCAACAUACUUGCCAGCCCACUGGCCGUCUUCUGAUUUCUAGGGUUUUAACUUCACCUAAUAAAUGCUUUGCAAAGCA